UGGAAGCUGCAAAGACUGCUCUCCUACAGCAACAAAAGACAAGACGCGGGACUAUUAUUGAAGAUGCUGUGCUCUCCUGUAUUCCAGCCUUUCCUCAGCACACCUUUUGCUUUCAAUAUGCCAGUGUGCUCACUGUGGCCAGAGAACCGGCACUUCUUCAUGCAGAUGGAAAAUGAAAGGGUGAGACAAAUGGAGGAACUGAAGAGAAGAGUGGACUUUAUUGAUCAGGUCCAUCAAGUGCUGUUGAAAGAGAUGGUGAAAACAAAUAGUGCCAGCGAGUUCUCAGACUCCAAAUCGCCCUCCUACAAGCUGGAGAAUGACGAAAACCAUUUUGCUCUGAUGCUGGAUACCAAAGACUUUCUACCUGAAGAGCUGACUGUGAAACAGGUGGGAAGGAAACUGCUGGUGAGCGGAAAGCAUGAAAAGAAAGAUGAAGCCCGAGAUGGUUGCUACUCCUACAAAUACCAAGAGUUUAGACAGGAACUGGAGCUGCCAGAAGAUGUCAAGCCUGAUGCAGUGACCUGCUCCUUCUCCAAUGGGCAGCUACAGAUUGAAGUUCCAAGACUGGCACUGCCAGCUGUGACUGAGAGAACUGUUCCCAUCAAAACCAGCCCUGCAGUGAAGACACGGCAAGAGAGGAACACAGAGGAACAGGAAUAGGCUGCAGCGCUGAGACAGAGGACCAGGAACAACAAGCAGUAGCUUGAAAGGACUAUUACCUGUUAAUGAUGAACAUUUAAAAUUACCUUUAAAUGAAAUAGUUGUGUACUAUUUAAAUCAUUUACUGCAACACCGGGAGCACUAAAUGCAUAAUGUAAGAGUUUGUAUAUUUGUCAUUGUUUUUUGUAAACAUAAAUUUGUAAUUUAAUGUAAUGCAAACAAAUAUAUUU